AUGCCUAUUUCGGAGAACAAGGCCAGAUCUCUUAGGGGCGAGCUUUAUCAUGCAUUCACUCCUGAAUUGGUGGCAGAACGCCGUCGUUGUGCUCGUGCUUGCACCAAAUACAACAAAGCAGGAGAAGAUGAGACUAUGACUAGAAGACGCCAGGUGGAGUUAUGGAAAGACGUAGUCGGAGACACCAGACCUCUUCCUCCUCGCAAGGAAGGUAGCACAGAAGCCGAUGAUGAAGAGCUACUUGGCUCUGAGCCUUGGGUUGAGGCUCCCUUCCACGCCGACUAUGGUACCAACGUCCGUCUCGGAGAGGGCGUCUUUAUCAACUUCAAUUGCACUAUCAUUGACACGUGUCUUGUUUCCAUCGGCUCAAGAACCUUGUUGGCACCAAACGUGAGCCUGUACUCCGGCACUCACCCUCUUGAUCCCGACCUGCGAAACGGAACCAACGGUCCAGAGUCUGGAAAGCCAAUCACAAUCGAGGAGGAUGUGUGGAUUGGUGGUAACGUAACCAUCUGCCCUGGUGUCACCGUUGGACGUGGCAGCACUGUAGGCGCCGGGAGCGUUGUCACGAAGGUGAGUUGUACCACGUCCCACAUACUCUCAUUGAGAAAGACGUGUGCUGAUACCUGUGCUCCAGAAUGUGGCGCCAUACACGGUUGUGGCAGGAAACCCAGCAAAGGUUAUCAAGCAAGUGCCGAGAAAUACCACUACCGAGGAGGAGAGAGCAGAUAUUCGAAGAAUCGCGGACGCUGCUUGAGCUCAAGACGGAGAGACCGAGUUUGCAGAUGCUCUAGAUCGCAUAAGGAUCUCGUUGCUUCGCUGGCGCGGUGA